AUUGAUCAAGACCCAGCAGCGCGGCGAUUCAAAUUCAGCAACUGACCUUUCUGAUUCGUCGCCUGCCUAGCCUAGGUGACACAGCCUUGCCGUGCGGGUGAGCGUAAAGUUGCACGGUAACAGACUGAGAGCGAGAAGAAAGGAGUUGAGAAAGGGUCGCCUUGGAGAGAAAUUGAACCCAGAGCCUUUUGCAAGCUAGGCAAGAACUCAACCUCUAAGCUACACCCACAUCCGGCAGUUAUUUAAUUUCUGCCUUCACAACAGAAGGGAGAGCAGCUUUGGCAUGCCAGUACUGCAUGGCAGAGGUGUGGGAGAAGGAUGCUGCCAAAAUGGAACCACAAGCAACAGCCUUGGUCCCACUGACGCCCGUUUUCAAGAGGAAAGCUGUCAGCCUUCCACAGAGGCAUCAGAAAGGACCAUGACUAAUAAAACUCAGGAAGUUGUUGGCAUCCAUUUCCCUUUUCCCUUCCCACCAUAUCCCAUCCAGAAAGACUUCAUGGCAGAGCUGUACCAGGUUUUGGAAGCUGGCAAGAUUGGGAUAUUUGAGAGUCCAACAGGCACAGGAAAGUCCUUAAGUCUCAUUUGUGGGGCCCUCUCCUGGCUCCGUGAUUUUGAGCAGAAGAAACAAAAAGAAGAGGCACGUCUCCUGGAACCUGGAGCUGACCCCUUAGGUGGUGGGAGGGACCAGCCCCCAUUUUCCUCAUCUUCCUGCCAAGAGCCCCCUGACACCCUGAGGCCUGCCGGGGAACCAGACUGGGUUACCCAGUUUGUACAGAAGAAAGAAGAAAGGGAUUUGGUGGAGAGACUAAAGGAGGAGCAGAUCAGGAGGAGGAAGCGGGAAGAGCGCCUGCAGCAGACCCGCCACAAUGCACAGCUCAAAUAUGCAACCAAGCGCCUGAGACAAGAAGAAGAAGAGACUGAGAGUCUCCUCCGCCUCAGCAGGGAGAUGCUGGCAGCAGGGACAGAGGCAGAGCAACUAGAGCAGCUGGAAUCUGGGGAGGAGGAGCUUGUCCUUGCGGAAUAUGAGAGUGAUGAGGAGAAAAGAACAGCCCGCGGAGUGGAUGAGGAUGAGGAUGACCUGGAGGAAGAACAUAUAACUAAGAUUUAUUACUGCAGUCGGACACAUUCCCAGCUGGCCCAGUUUGUGCACGAAGUACAGAAGAGCCCCUUUGGCAAGGAAACCCGGCUCGUCUCCCUUGGCUCCCGGCAGAACCUUUGCGUGAAUGAAGGUGUGAAAAACCUGGGUUCUGUGCAGCUUAUCAAUGACCGCUGCAUGGAGAUACAGAGAAGCAAACAUGAGAAGAAAAACAGAGCUGAGGAAGACAAGCCAAAGAAGAGGCGGCAGGAGACCAAGGCUGCCUGCCCCUUCUAUAACCAUGAGCAGAUGCAGCUUCUCCGGGAUGAGAUCCUGGUGGAGGUGAAGGACAUGGAGCAGCUGGUGACCCUUGGGAAGGAGGCUUGGGCCUGCCCUUAUUAUGGGAGCCGGUUUGCUAUCCCUGCAGCCCAGCUGGUGGUGCUGCCCUAUCCAAUGCUGCUGCAUGCUGCCACCCGGGAGGCUGCUGGCAUCCGUCUGCAGGGCCAGGUGGUCAUCAUUGAUGAGGCACACAACCUGAUUGAUACCAUCACAGGCAUCUACAGCACAGAGGUCACCGGUUCCCAGCUCUGCCAGGCCCAUUCCCAGUUGCUCCAGUAUAUGGAAAGAUAUGGGAAGCGUUUGAAGGCCAAGAACCUGAUGUACAUUAAGCAGAUUCUGUAUUUGCUGGAGAAGUUUGUGGCUAUGCUGGGAGGGAACAUUAAGCAAAAUCCUAAUACACAGAACCUCUCAAAGACAGGAACAGAGCUGAAGACCAUCAAUGACUUCCUCUUUCAGAGCCAGGUGGACAACAUUAACCUGUUCAAGGUUCAGCGGUAUUUCGAGAAGAGCAUGGUCAGCAGGAAGCUCUUUGGCUUCACAGAACGCUAUGGAGCAGUCCUCCCAUCUUCCCAGUUGCAGCCCAAACUGACUGGGUUUCAGCAUUUCCUAAAGAGCCUGCAGCCUGGUGUCACCGAGGCUCCUGCAACCCCUGUGGAGGAGGAUGAGGCCAGGGCCCUGCGGCCCACUUCCCCACUGAUGCACAUCGAAGGCUUCCUUGCAGCUCUCACCACUGCCAACCAAGAUGGCAGGGUCAUCCUGAGCCGCCAAGGCAGCCUCAGUCAGAGCAGCCUCAAAUUCUUGCUCCUGAAUCCAGCUGUGCACUUUGCCCAGGUGGUGAAAGAAUGCCGGGCAGUAGUCAUUGCAGGUGGCACCAUGCAGCCGGUGUCUGACUUUCGAGAACAGCUGCUGGCAUGUGCUGGGGUGGAAGCUGAGCGAGUGGUGGAGUUUUCCUGUGGCCACGUGAUCCCUCCAGACAACAUCCUGCCCCUCGUCAUCUGCAGCGGGCCCUCCAACCAGCAGUUGGAAUUCACAUACCAGAAGAGAGAGCUGCCUCAGAUGAUGGACGAGACAGGCCGCAUUCUCUGUAACCUAUGCAAUGUGGUCCCUGGAGGGGUAGUCUGUUUUUUUCCCUCCUAUGAGUACCAGCGCCAGGUCCAUGCUCACUGGGACAAGAGUGGUCUGCUGGCCCGCCUGGCUGUCAGGAAAAAGAUAUUCCAGGAACCCAAGAGAGCAAGCCAAGUGGAGCAGGUGCUGAUGGCAUAUUCUAAGUGCAUCACGAGCUGUGGCCAGGUGGGAGGCACAGUGACGGGUGCCCUGCUUCUCUCUGUGGUCGGAGGAAAGAUGAGUGAAGGGAUCAACUUCUCUGAUGACCUGGGCCGGUGUGUGGUGAUGGUGGGCAUGCCCUACCCCAACAUCAGGUCUCCAGAGCUACAAGAGAAGAUGGCCUACUUGGAUCAGACCCUUCCUAGGGCCCCAGGUCAGGCCCUCCCAGGGAAGGCUUUGGUGGAGAAUCUGUGUAUGAAGGCUGUCAACCAAUCCAUAGGUAGAGCCAUCAGGCAUCAGAGGGACUUCGCCAGCAUAGUACUUCUGGACCAGCGGUAUGCUCGCCCCUCUACCCUGGCAAAGCUGCCAGCCUGGAUUCGAGACCGGGUAGAGGUCAAAGCCACUUUUGGCCCUGCCUUUGCUGCUAUGCGGAAGUUUCAUCGGGAGAAGUCAGGCCAUUCCUGACUGCACCACUGCCUGUCACUAUCCCCCACCCCUCCCCCCAUUUGGCCUUAGUCUUAGGCCUAAGGUGGAACCCAUGUGUAGAAUUGUGUUCAAACCAGCCCACAAGGGCUGUCAGGAUCCAAGCUUACAUAGAAAAGCCAGAAGCAGGUUCGUUCAUCCUCAAGAAAUAGUAGGUCCAUCCUAGCCAUGCUUAGGCACAGCCCAGGGUCAGCUUCCUGGCCAGCCUUUGUAGGAGGUUAUGUGGGCAGCCACCACCUUCUCAGAGGUGAGGCCCAUCCUGCCUCUGUGCUUUCACCCUCUCAGCUAACGAUGUCCAUUUCCAGCCCCUUUCCCCACAGCCUCACUUCCCAGCUGCAGCCCUGUUCCCUCCCCUGUCCCUCAGUCUCUGCAAGGGUUUUAUCUCCCUGGCUUGGCUCCAGUUCCUCCUCUAAGUCAGCGGCACCUCCCUCCCUCUCAGCCACUCGAGCAAACUCCAAGACACCUUCUACUCUGACAUCAGUGAUCAUGCCAAGGGCCAUUAGGCUCUCAGCAUGACUAUUUUUAGAGACACUGUUGUCACUUUUUUUUUCCUGUGGAAAAUCUCCCUCCCUCCACAAUAGCUGCCCCUGCUCCCAUACCCCCUACCUGGAGAAAGGGGCUUCAGUAUCGUUAAAGUCCUGCCCCAUCACCUGGAGACCACCAGGGUAGGGGACAGGCUUCAAGGACAGAGCUAUGCCCUGCACAACUAUGAUUCCUUAAUUAAAAUUGCACUGCUGGCUUGAGCUCCA